AGGGCUCAGCUCUCAUAAUUCCCAAGAGACCCUGGACAUGCCAGGGUGUAUUGUGGAGUGGUUGCAUCUAGAAGAGCGGGAGGAAAGGCCAAACAUUGCAAGUAAUCCGUGCUUGGAAAACAAGGUCGAAGUUACUCAUUAGCAGGUAAAAGGGUCAAGGGUCGAGGCAAGGGGGCUGGAAGCAGAGUGGACUGAGCAGCCAGCAGAGGAGAGAACAGCUAAGGUACCAACCGCUCCACACAGAGCACCAGCUCCCUCUUGCCUGAAGAUGUUCGACCAAAUUUGGGCAACUCUACUUUACCUCUACAGCAUUCUUCUUAACUCCAUCUACCAGUGCCCUGAGUAUAGUCAACUGACAACUCAGGGAGUGGAUGGGAAAGAGUUCCCAGAGCCCCACCUGGGUUGGUGGUACUUUAUCGCAGGGGCAGCUCCCACCAAGGAGGAGUUGGCGACUUUUGACCUUGUGGACAACAUUGUCUUCAACAUGGCUGCAGGCUCUGCCCCCAUGCAGCUCCAGCUUCACGCUACUAUCCGCACGAAAAAUGGGUCCUGUGUGCCCCGGGAAUGGAUCUACCACCUAACUGAGGGGAGCACAGAUCUCAGAACUGAAGGACGCCCGGACAUGAAGACCAAGCUCUUCUCCAGUUCAUGCCCAGGUGGAAUCAUGCUGAAAGAGACAGGCCAGGGUUACCAGCGAUUCCUCCUGUACAAUCGCUUGCCACACCCUCCUGAGAAGUGUGUAGAGGCAUUCCAGUCCCUGACCUCCUCCUGCCUGGACUCCAAGGCCUUCUUACUGACUCCCAGGAAACAAGAGGCCUGCAAGUGGUCCAGUAACUGACCUGAGGCUUCAUCUGUACCCCUAACUGGAUGUGGUAGGAGCUAAGAUUGUGGUGGGAGAGAAGCUGGAGUCUUCCUUUCAAGAGUAAUAAAGAUUUUUCAAUCUUCA